CGAACGCUCAUGCUUGGUUUUGGGUAAGAUUGAAUCCCCCACAGAAAGUCUGGGAGAAAUGCAUGGAGUACAGGACUGAAGAGGAGAAUGGUGAUGCAGCAUGGUACAAAUUGGUUGGAGAUAGAAAUACACCUGUGAAGGUUAGAUAUAAAAAGAUCAUAAUACAUAUACUAGGUCUACAUGCAGCACAACGUUAUUGCAGAACUGGAGGAAAUUCUUAUAAUAUUGCAUGUUGAAUGACUUUGCUUUUGUUAGAUGGUCACUACCAUUUUGUUACUUUCAGACAAAGUACUUCAAUUUGCUCCAAAUAUCGAAAUUCUCUUUUUUAAUUUUUUAAGCAGGCGCUAACUUACUGAUGGUUUGAUAUAUGGAUACCGUCAAAGGAAAUAAGCAUCGAUUUAAUGAUUGAUAUUUAUUGUUACCUGUUAUAGUAAAAGGUGCUUUAUUUAAUAUAGGGUCGAUGUGGAAAAAAUGAAGCCAUUUUAAAUGAUGGGGUAAGAAUUCAAAGUUCUGUUCAGAUAAAUUACUCGCCGAAGACGAAGUGGUUAUUCUCUUGUGCUGCUUUUUAGCAGGACGAAUUUUACCAGGCACAUAAUAUUGGACCAUUUUUAAAUGAAUAUAUAAUGAAUGUUUGAAAUACCUUUAUAAAAUAACAUGUAUACAGCUAUUUCAAUUAAGGUUGUCCCCCGAGCAAAGCGGAAAAGUCGAAUACGAGCGCGAAAGGCUGCUGGGGAUCGUUAAUAAAUGAAUGAAUUUAUUAGCGAUUCCCAGCAGCCUUCCGUGCUCGUGUUCGACUUUUCCGCUUUGCUCGGGGGACAACCUUAAUUGAAAUAGCUGUAUAACGCGUGCUCUGAUUAGUCGAAACGCGUGUUUGGAUCAGGCCAUCCAAACACGGAAAUUUAAAGUGAAAGUUUUUUAAAGUGAAAUUUUAACACAGAAAGUCGUUAUUUUAUAAAACAAUUAUUUUAUGGUUUCCGUGUUUGGAUGGCCUGAUCCAAACACUUGGGAAUGUUGCUCGAGUUAAGAAAAGCGCGCAAAAUCACUUGCCUUCGGCUCGUGUUUCUUGCGCUUUUAACUCUCGCAACAUUCCAACCUUGUUUCCAGGGCCUUUUUUGAAAAUGCGGCGCAUUUUCUUUUAAAAAAAUGAUUUCUCUUAGUAUAAUCAAUUAUUUUGACAAUUUUAAAAAAUUCUGUGGAGCUAAAAAAAUAUUAUUAUGAAUAAUCACCUUUUAAUACGUAAUUUAGAAAAUUUUGACUCCACAGAAUAUUUUUUAAAUUGUCAAAAUUAUUGAUUAUACUAAAAGAAAUAAUUUUCUAAAAUAAAAUUUGGGGGUCACAGAUGUCGUUUACGAGUUAAAUUACUUUAAAGCCAAAAUAUCCGCCAUCUUCACACGUCAUUGUUGCCAUACCAACGGCGGUUGCGUAACUUUUGUACAAAAAAUCAAACUCUUUAGAUGUUGUUUUAUAUAAGUAAGGUACUUUUUGUUUAUCAACAAGUAAUAAUUGUCCAAAACUGCGCAUCUAAAUCGUGAAUUUUCCAUUUUUAAAAAACUGUAUUGAGCCACCUUAACAGGCGGUAUCGCUGUAUCUACUUACUACUCUCUUUAUAAUUAUAUUGUGUUCGAAUAUAUUUUAGAUUGUGGUUGUUCCUGAUGAUGUCACUUUUGAUAAUGUGCCACAAAUUACUGGAUUGUUGACUUAUCAGAAGGACGCUGAAAUACUCCGCUUAAGAAAAACCGAAUCGUGGAAAGUUGUAGCGGAAGAGGAGAUGGUAAAGCUCUCUCUUUCCAAAAUUAAUAUCUUUGCAUCCAAAUUUACAGGUUUACAUGCUUCAUGCAUCUACUAGCCUUUCUCUAAACCUUCAUUACUUUGCAUUUUUCUAGCAGUGUUUCUUUUGCUAUUCUCUCCCGAAAAAGAACCUUUAUGCUUAACCCUAUCCAGACUAGACUUUUUGGGAUCUUCUGGGACUAGGGCGGGGGGGGGGGGGUACGGAGAGUGCUCGCUGUCAAUAUCUCCUGAACUAUCUAGUGUAUUCCGACGAAAUUUUUACAGGUGGAUGGCAUGCCUUGUUCAAGUAUAUGUUAUACUUAUGCCAGUUGUCAUGGCAACAAAUUAUGAUGUCAUUAUGACGUAAUUAAUUGCGAAAGCCUGAUUUUUAGAAUUUUCAAAAUUAUUUUCCUUAUUGUAAUUUUUAGCUGUUUUGCAUGUUAAAAUAAAAAAGGUAGUUUAUCAAAAAAGUAGUUUCUUUUUAUUAAAAAAUGCUUACUUUUAUUGCAACUAUUAUAUCAUUAAAAAUGCUAGAAUUUGGUGUUGGUAGGUGUUCACGAUUACACUGUAAAAUUUUUGGCGUAAUAUCACCAAAUUUUCCACACAUGAAACCCAUAAAUAUUUAGGAAAAGUCAUAAAAUUCUGGUUUAGGAGAUAUUAACUUUUAAACUUGAUAACGGCGAUAGAGUUAAUAAGAUUAUACGAUAUAUUUGAUUGCAUACGAUAUUUUUUUUAUAAUAAUACAUAAAAUGGUCUUGAUUUUUUUACUUUUUAAUGAAGGUACUUAAGAUCAACAAUGAAACUAUUUCAAAACUGGAACUGAUGAUCAACCUACUGCAUUCUCGUAAGUUCCGCACAGUAAUGCAUAAGUGACUUACGUAAUAAGAAAGGCUUACGAUUACGUAAUGAAAUAUGAUAGGCAAAUGUUCCCAACAAGCCUCAUUCUAUUAGCCUGUUUUCAAAAAUUAACAACAACCUCGUUCCCAAGCUCUUUCCACUUCGCACCUCGCUGGAGGAAAGACCCUGGUCCAGACUGGCACGUGUCUCCCAGAUUUUGAGAGAUAACAACAUUUUUACAUAAGGGUGGGAGGCUAAGUUUGUUUUACCGAUCUAGUUGCCGAUAUCAAUUCGAUAAAGUUCAGAGUGUGUGUAUUUUAGCAAAUGCAUGUAAUUUUAACGAAUAGCAAGAGCUUGUGUUGCAAAAUCAAUGGGUGAGAUGUCUUUGUAUAUCUAUUCUUUGUGGAUUGCAUUUGCGACGUCGCUACGCAAGAUCUACAUUCUGGAGUCGUUCAGUUUAAUAUUGGGAAAAUCGCAAACAAUUACUAGGAAAGGAUUUGUAAUAUACUCAUGGACAAGCAAAGAACAUUUGCCUAGCAGCCAGCAAGUCUAUUGUAAAUUGCAGUGAAUUUUAAUCAUAAUUAACUCAUAAGUGGAACGGCUCGAUAACACGACACAUGCAUAUAGAAAUAUAAACAGUAAGAAAAUAUAUUAUAUAGUGUGCACAUGAGUUUCGAUAGUAUGUCUAUUUCCUCGUGUUUCAAUAAGACAGUACUCAGCCUCAGGAGAUUAUCGGAGUGUACAAUUAUACACACUUAACUUAACAUAUAUAUAUAUAUUAACCUAAAAAAGUUAACCUGUUUGAUUUGUUUUAACUUAAAAGCUAAAAGAGCUAUUACACGUGAACUACGUGCAUUGCAUUCAGUACUGUUUAACUUAAAUUUUGAUAUACGCCCUGUGCAUUUUCCUGCAAUAUUGACCGAGAGAGCUUCAUUUAAACUUGAGUAACCAUUUUUGAAAGUGUCGAGAAUUAGCCAAAAACGGCCUAUCAAAUAUUUAAUACAGCAAUACCUAACACCGCGGAAAAACGUCUGCGCAUGCGUCAACCUUACCUGUAAUAGUAUUGCGAACUUGAUGAGAAGCUGUUCCGAACGUUUCCGAAGACUCAAAAUGGCGGUAAAAAGGAGUGACUUCAUUGUGCGUCUUUACAGCCAGAUUUCAAGCGCAAAAAUAAACAUGUCAUUCUAAAAACUAGAAAUAAAUACAGCCAGAAGGUUCAAGAAAUUGUAUUGUACAAGAACAUGAACUAAAGGUGAUUGUUGACAAAUUUAUCGUCUGAAACAUUUUGUUUAUCAACUAAGCAAUGACAAUUUCCGAAUUUUCGUUUGAGAUACAUUUCUUUAAAAAAAACUGUGUCGCCAAAUAUAAAAAAUUUGCGUGUUCACAAUAAUUAAACUUUAGGAUUUAUUCUACAAUUUGAGUGGGUUAAGAAGCUUAACUUUUCGAGAGUUUUCUUAACUUUUUAGUUUGAAUUUUUGUUUUGAAUAAUUUUGCAAAAAUUUUCGAAGUCGUGUCCGUUAAAAUCAACAUUUUUUACAUGAAUUAUAUUUCAUUCCAUACUUUAAAUGCCAGGACGCUUUCAAUUAAUGUCUAGUCUACCCAUUUGCUAUAUUUUCUCGUUUGUUUUACUAAUUUUGACCAAUUAAUAAGCAUGUUUUUGUUUUAGAAAUUGAUAUUCAAAUUCCCCGCCAUAUUUUCAUAAUUUGGUGCAUGCGCAGACGUUUUUCCGCGGUGUUGCAAUACCCUGUGCUUAGAUGCUAUAGUCAGAAUAAAGUACACGUUCGUUGUCAGAGACCUGCGCAACGCCGCCGGUAUAACCUCACGAGCAUUAUUUAGCCUUGCAUAUUCUAAACAUAUCGAAACUCUUUGGACCUUCGUUAAACGAGGCGUAUUUAUACCAAAACAGUUGACGUUUCUUUCUUGCAACAUUAGGAUUUGAUUCCCCCAGGGACAUUGAAUAUUUAGAAUAAAUCUUUUAAAAUCAAAAUCGCUUCAUAAUUUAAUUUUCGUGCAUUCUCAAAGACCUUAGACAAAAAUAAAGGAGCACAUCCAUCCAAUAAUAAGGACCAAUAAACAUUUUUAAUUUAAAUUUCACUUCAUUCAAACGAAUAUUCACGAUAAAAUGGUAACAGUUAUCAAAUUAGUUUAACAGGCUGUUUUUAGCUGAUUCUCGACACUUCCCAAAAUGUUUAUUCAAGUUUAAACGCAGCUCUCUCGGUCUAUAUUGCACGAAAUUGCACAGGGCGUAUAUCAAAAUUUAAGUUAAACAAUACUGAGUGCAAUGCACGUAGUUUAGGUGUAAUAGCCACGCGAAUAGGCAAUGUUUUUAUGAACGACCGUUCAUCCUGCAAGCGACGGUGAGAAUUUUGGCGGGAAUUGCACUCAGUCGUGAGAGUUUAGGCGGGAAUUGCAGAUAUUAGAUCGGUCAAUGAAUAAUCAUAUCCUGGAGCUAUAAGGUUGGUAUAAAUUAUUAUUAUUUAUUUAUUGCUUUGAAUAAACAGAUGAACAACGUUCAACAGUUAGGAACACGCUCAAUCAUCGGUGGGAUUUUGCGCCACUAUUCAGGCGAGGAAACUCAUGCGUAUAUCAAAUGUUGCCGUUUCAUAUUUUAUGCAUUUAAAUAGCUGUAUCCAGGGUCUUUCAGACGGGGGGGGGGGGGAAGCAAAGGGGCAAUUUGCCCUGGGCCCCCAGUUUAAGGGGGCCCCAAAUUUGCAAAAUAAAGAAGAAAAAAACGGGUUUUUUAUAUAAAUAAUUAUACAGAUAUUGGUCCCCCCCUCCUCCCCCCCGCCCCGAAAUAAAAAUUCGCCCCGGACUCCCGAAUUUCUCUGAUAGGCCCUGGCUGUAUCCUAAUAUGAAUGCAGCUCUUAGGGACGGACCAUUAGAAAAGUGAUAAGGUGGGGGGGGGUGGUCCAUUUCCAACGUGUAUGAUUAUUUUUUUAAAUUUUUUUGCUUGUGUCGAUUUUGUUUUUAAUAAUCCCUUGCUCGAAUUUUAUUUUUUUUCCAAAAAUUGUUGGCGAGCGUGUCAGGACUUAAAAAUUUUUUCAGGAUAUAAAAAAGGGGUCAAACAAAUUUUCCGGACUAACAACAGUUCAGUUAAGGUUUAAAACACAUUUUCCCUGAAAAAAUCACACCAUUACUUACCGUAUAAAAAACGUUCCAAAUUAUUUUUCUUUUAUUUUCCAAAUUUGGGGGCCACCCUCACACUGCACCUCUGAUAGGCCAUGUCAACUUAUAAUUUUCCCUAUUGAAAAGUCUCUGCACGAAUUUUUUUUUUAAACUUUUCUGGUGCACGAAUUUUGUUUUUCUGUUUCCCCUGCUUGAUUUUUAUUUUUGCUUUUGCUUCCCCCCCAUCAUUUUUCUAAUGGUCCGCCCCUCAUAUAGCAGAUACCAUUUAGUGUUAACCAUAAUUAGACGAAAAUAGAGUUAAUUUGUUUAUUUUGUGUUCGUGGCGAAGAGGGCGUAUUAAAAUGGUUACUAUAAAUUUGCGAGAAAUACGAAAUGAAUACUGUAAUGGUCUAUAAUCCGAAUAAACGAUACUUCCUCGUACGACAACAAUAACUGUUAAGAAAUUUAAAUUUAUUUUAAUUUAUACGCACAACACUACCUUUGAUAUUUUGAUGGUCUGUGAGAGUUUCAUCGUUUUAUAAUAACACAAUUUAAAAGGUAUAUUCGAUUACACUAUUAAAUGGUAUCUGAUCAUGCUAUAUAUUAAGAGCUAUUUUUAUACAGGAUACAGCUAUUUAAAUACAUAAAAUAUGAAACGGCCACAAUUGAUAUACGCAUAAGUUUCCUCGACAAUAGUGGCACAAAUGAAAAUCCCACCGAUGACUGAGCUUGUUCAUCUGUUUAUUGUUGAACGUUGUUCAUCUGUUUAUUCAAAACAAUAAAUAAAUAAUAGUAAUUUAUACCAACCUUAUAGCUCCAGGAUAUGAUUAAUUUAUUAUUCGUUGACCGAUCUAUUAUCUGCAAUUCCCGCCUAAACUCUUACGACUGAGUGCAAUUCCCGCCAAAACUCUCACCGUCGCUUGCAGGAUGAACGGCAAUCUCGUUCCCCGAGCCUGCGAUCCUCGGGAAGGAACACGAGGGGAUAAUUCGUUUCAGGAAGGAAUUUGAUUGGCCGUUGAUAUGGAAUGCGCAGUUCAGUCUUAGCCAGGAUUCCUGGCUUCCGGCAACGGAUUAUCCCAGAGCCUUCGUUUCCUUCCCAAGGAUCGCAGGCUCGGGGAACGAGAUUGGAUGAACGGUCGUUCAUAAAAACAUUGCCUACCGUAUUUACUCGAUUGAGCGCCGCCCCCGAUUGAGCGCCGCCCUCGAAUGAGCGCCGCAUUUGAGAUCAAAUUUUUUUAAAGAGCGCCGCCCCCGAAUGAGCGCCGCUCUAAACAGUGUAAUAAUUUUCCACCGUCAAAAUGAGAACAUUUAGUGACAAAGACAUUCAAAACUUGUUUAUUUAUUGUUAAAAGUUCUUGAUAUAAUUCACAAAUAAAAGAUUUUUUUAACGAGCGCCGCCCCCAGGCCCGUAGCUGGGGGGGGGCCUGGGGGGGCAAUGCCCCCUCACUCGGUGUGGCAGUGCCCCCCAGUGCCCCCCCACUCGGAAAUUGGGUAUGAAAAAUUUAGAGAAAGGGCCUGGAAACAAAUUGUAAUAAUGGAAAAAUUCUGUGAAAUUUGUGGAAAAUUUUGUGAUUUUUGAAAAAUUCUGUUAGGUUUCGGAAAAAUUGAGUGUGUCCGGAAAAAUUAUUGACCCCUAAAAUGGUACACUGACCGAAAUUUUUUUGGCGAGGGGGGGGGGGGUCGCCAAAAUAAAUUCCGGAAAAAAAUUUUUCCGUCCGUUACAUUUUUUCUGCAGUGAGUGCCCCCCCAGAAAUUGAGAGCCAGCUACCGGCUUGGCCGCCCCCGAUUGAGCGCCGCCCUCGAUUGAGCGCCGCCCUCGAAUGAGCGCCGCAUCUGAAGCUCUGAAAAUUUAAAGAGCGCCGCAGCGCUCAAACGAGUAAAUACGGUAUUCGCGUGAGAAUCUUCGAUGUUUGUCAAGAGCUCUUGACAGGUUUUGAUCUGAUUUUAAUCUGUUGAACAACCAGAUCCAAGCUUUAAAACCGGUACCAGGACAUUUUGCCGAAAGACACUUUGCCGAAAGACACUUUGCCGAAAGACAUUUUGCCGAACGGACAUUUUGCCAACUGCAAUUUUGCCGAACGGACGUUUUGCCGAACGGACAUUUUGCCGAACGGACAUUUUACCGAACGGACAUUUUGCCGAACGGACAACUUGCCGAAAAUAAAGAUAUUAUUUCGUCAAAAUGUUUGGGACUGUGACUCAUUUCUCAACUGUGUAAUUCUCAACCAUUGUCCAUUGUGUAAAAUAACCAUUAUUAUUACAGUGGCGUGCUGGCAGGGGGGGAGCCACGGCCCCUCCAGCUGGCAAUUAUUGUGGGACGCAAAAAUGAAAAGGGGGCGCCGUCCCGUGCGGAAUUUUGAAAGUGGGUGGGAAAAAACGCAUUUGAAAAAAUAUCGUUCAUAUAGAAACAUGAUCAGUGAUCACACACAAUGUCUCAUUACCGGAAUAUUGGUCAGGUUUCGAAGCGAACACGGGAAUUAUGCCCUUUUUUGCUGGUAUUAUGCCCUUACAUUAUGAAGGUAUUAUGCUUCACGAAUCACGAGAGCGGCGCAAAUUAGAUAGUUAUGAUAAUGUAAGUUGUGUACGCAAUUUAGUUGUUUGUGCAAGAAACAUCAUGACUCAUGAGUAAUGUAAGUGAUAAGAUAAUGCUGAAACGUGCCCUUUUGGCAGUCAAGCAAGGUAACCUUAAAAUGCAUAUGCGUGGGGUCCGUGCCGUGUUAUUAUAUAAAAGAGCUGUAUGUUGUAAAUGUAUUCAGAUCACCAGAUCAGUAGAGAAUAUAAUUGGGAUUAGAUUAAUCGCUGGAACUGAGUUAGCAUUGCCCAAUUUAAGUACUACUACUAAUUUCUAACCAAAUUGCAAAUUUCAUCACGUUAUAAUGCCGUUUCCUGACCAUCAGAUUUCUGUCAAACCUUCCCCCCAAAGUCCCGAAAAUGGCAUUUCAGAGACACUAAAUUCAAACAUUUUCCGAGUGGGCAUGCCCCCGGACCCCCCUAGAGAAACCUCGCACCUGCGGCGCUCGGCUCGUGCCUUUGACACUCGUUUAUCAAGCAUUACAAUAUAGGGGCGCAUAUAAGUUGAAAGCCCACUGGCCCUCCCCAGAAAAUUAGUACCCAGCACGCCACUACCAUUAUAUGGUCACAUAGGCGUACCGGGCGGGGGGGGCGGUAGCCCCCCCAGUUUUUUGGGCAGUCGGGCAAUAUUCGAUCAAAAGUCGGGCAAUUUUGGUUUGCAAUAAAAAAAAAUGGGACAAAUUCUGUCAAUUUUGUCUAAAAUUAAGUCAAUUUUUUGGCAAAUUUUGCGAUUUUACGAAAAUUUGUGUUAUGUUCCGAAAAAUAUUGGUUGUCCGGAAAAUUUUUUUGACCCCUAAAAUGGUACACUGACCGAAAUUUUUUUGGCGACAGGGGGGAAUCACAUUCAUGAAUGAUGUUGAAUGAUGUUAUUCCUUAUCUCGCGAAUUUUCGGUAAGCUUCUCAAAAACUUGAAAGAAUAUAAAACGAAACUAUACUUCACUAUCAAAGUUUCUGUCGUCAAAAUCGACAAUUAAUGACUUUAAUCACAGAAACGUUGACCAUGUAAGCGAACCUUUAAAGUUCAGAAGUAUCUCUAUUUUCGGCAAAAUGUCCGUUCGUCAAACUGUCCGUUCGGUAAAGUGUCCAUUUGCAAAAUGUCCGUUCGGCAAAACGUCCGUUCGGCAAAACGUCCGUCGGCAAAAUGUCCGUUCGGCAAAACGUCUUUCGGCAAAAUGUCUUCCGGCAAAAUGUCUUUCGGCAAAAUGUCUUUCGGCAAAAUGUCUUUCGGCAAAAUGUCUUCCGGCAAAAUGUCUUUCGGCAAAAUGUCCGGCCACCUUAAAACCACCAAAUGAUCAUCAAAAAAUUUAACUUUCUCGGUAAAAACAUUGAACGUUUUCAUGAGAAUAGACAAUGUUUUACCUGCGACCGUUCAUCCUUAGUUGCAAGUGACGGUAUUGAAUGAGUCCGCCUUUCACAAAUCGCAGCCCGCGAUUUGUAAAACACGGACUCAGUCCGCGUUUUCCCAGUCCAGUUCAGUCUGGUCCAGUCCAGUCCGUCUUUUACAACAUGCCCAAAUACCACGAUAAAAUUUUGUUACUUUUCUUUAUGGCUGAUUUAUAGCAAAGGAUCAUUGCAUAAAUAGUGCGAAAUGUUAAUUUUAUCGCUGUAUUUGCUGAUUAAUCGAUAAAUAGCUACAGAAACACAGAACGCAUUACAGAAUAUCACAAUAGACUACAGAAGCGAAAUGCAACUGCACGUGAAAAAGAAUUAUAUUAAUGUUGUUGGAUUUGGGUUGGAAAAGCUGUUGACCAACUGCCGAGCGCGAAUUGACAACAAACUUUCCUAAAUUUCAGCACAUUUUUUCUCAAUGCCUUUUGACCAGCUGGCAGUAAAUAUUGUUUGACCAACUUUUUAAUACUUAGAAUUAUUAUGGGGGUACCGCACCAAGCCAACCCCCGGUCUCCACGCCCCUGUAUAGAAACAGUGCGCUCUAAAGUAUAAACAGUGCAUUAUCUAUCUCUAAUUCAUAGGAGACAUUUCAACUUCAACUGUACUGAGAAAUGAACCGGCAGAAUUUCUUGAAAAUCUUAAACAGUGGAUCUCAUUUAGUUCGCUGAAUCGCUGUUAUCGGGCUUCUGAAGAUGGAUGGCUAUCGACCAUUUUUCAUCUUCAAUGUGGUAAUAUUGGGAGAACAAUUACUCUCAUAAAAGUUGGAAAAUACAUCUUCGGCGGAUAUUCCAGUUCAUCAUGGGGAAGUAAGUAG